AUGGAAUGUGGAAAGAGCUUCAUUCAGAGUGAAAACCUUACUUUACAUCUAAGAACCCAUACAGGAGAUAAACCAUAUAAAUGUUUGGAGUGUGGAAAGAGCUUCCAUUCUACUGGAGACCUUGGUUCACAUGAAGGAACCCACAGAGGGGUGAAGCAAUAUGAAUGUGUGGAAUGUGGAAAGGGUUUCUCUCAUAGAAAUAUCCUUACUGCACAUCAAAGAACCCACACAGGGGUGAGACCAUUUAAAUGUGUUGAGUGUGGAAAGACCUUCAGUCAUAGAGACCUUGCUAGACAUCAAAAAACGCACAGAGGGAUGAAGCCGUUUAAAUGUGUCGAGUGUGGAAAGAUAUUCGGUCAAAGAGCACACCUUGCUACACAUCAAAAAACCAACAUGGAAUGCACAUGGGAUAAACCAUUUAAAUGUGUGGAGUGUGGAAAGAGCUUCCGUUCUAGUGCACACCUUACUUCACAGAUCCCACACAGGGGUGAAUCCAUAUGA